AUGUAUUUACUAAAGUCAACUAUCCAUAUUGUUGCUAUGGAUGCUUUUGCAAAUGACUUCACUAUAGCUUUCUUAAAACAAUAUCAAAAUAAUAAUAUACAAAUUUUUUAUAAUAAAUAUCAACUAUAUAUAAGCAAAACUAUUAAGAUUCUUUAUGAUUCUGAUAAAGGUUCAAAGGUUAUAAGAAGAGGUUUUAAUAUGCUUCAAAAAGAUAAGCAUGUUACUUUACAAUAA